GCGGGAGCUGACAGUUACAUCAAGUUGUGGACGUAAAUUUUUUUUAUUAUUUCAGAAAAAAUGUCGUUGGAGGACGUUGAUCUAGAGUCUCUACUCGACAAAGACGACCUUAUUGGAGAUUUCAACGAGGUUUUCAGUUCUCCGUACUACCUGGCGCACUCCACACUGUCCUUGAACAAGGCGUAUGUCCUGAACGUCGACCUGAAUUGUGAUGGCACAAAGUACUGUGCAUCCUUCUCUAACAGGCACGUGAACGUGUACACGGAGUCCCUCACAACCUUGUGCAAACUUGAACCUCAUGAGAAGUCUAUUACACAAACAUCAUUCAGUAAAACUGAUCCUCAACUUCUGUUCACUUCGUCCUCCGACUGUACUAUUAAACUCUGGGAUCUCAGGUGCUCAGAAAAAGCAAGUAGAGAAUUUAAGGAUACAUCUGACCACACUAAACACGAAGGUCCGCCCAGGAACCCGGAGAAACCAAUCCUCUGCUUUGAUACAUCCAGGGACUCCAGGGUUGUCUGUGCUGGUACAGAACAGGUUGGACAGGACGCUUAUCUAUUAUUCUGGGAUAUGAGAGCAGGACCUCUGAUGGGAGGAUACUGGGAGUCACAUGAAGACGAUAUUACGUGUAUUAAAUUUCACCCUGAGAAGAAUGACAGUAUGGCGAGUGGUUCAACAGAUGGUCUUGUAAAUGUUUUUGAUCUCAACGAGGGAAAGGAAGAUGAUGCUCUACUAACCUGCCAUAAUACAGAGGAUAGUGUAUCUAGUUUACACUGGUUUAGUAAAAAAAAUAAUCUCAGGUAUCUAGGGAUAGCUACGCAUACUGAGAGUAUACAACUCUGGGAUACUGAUGAUUAUCAACCAUAUCAAACUAUUGCAAGGAGUGAUGUGUGUCAUAGUAUCCGAAGAACUGUUCCUGAGCACUCCUAUAUUGUCGGGAUGCAUGAUCAGGAGGAGCAAGGUUUCCUCGUCCUAGCCGGCUCCAGGUACUCCCUAGACCCUUGUCUCCGUCUCACUACCCUCAAGAAUAAGAAGCUGAAACCGUGUGGAGAUCUGAAGGAUGGAAAGGUUGGAGGAGGGAUAGUUCGGUGCAGUGCUCAGCUUCCAUCCUACUCAGGGUUUAUCACGGGAUCAGAGGGCGGUGUAGUUGCAGUCUGGAGAACAGGAGAUCAACCUGCAGUUCAACAAAUAACAGAAACUUUUAAGAUUAAAAAUAAAAUUUCUAAACGUGAUAAUCCUUAUUAAUUUUUUCAAAG